AGAUUCAAUCUGAUCCUUCCGAUAUGAAGUGAAAUUUUCAACAUUUAACUGGAAGCUUUAGAAGCUUAUGCUUCUUCUCACAUGAGUGCAAGGAAGAUGGAUAAGUUAAUAAAUCGAAUCAAGUUCUGCCAGUAAUAAUUUUUGCUUCAUGUACGGAAAUCACCAGCAUGAAUUAAUAUGCAUUUAUAAUACGUUGAAGUGUUUUACCCUAAUCAUUUCCACGAUUCCAUCAGCUGAAAUCCGUACCUCAAUGUCCUUAACGCAUUCCAUUAACAUGUCCGCUUCUGCUAUAAUUACCAUCACCGAACUCAAAGCGAAAGGCAAUGCUACCUGCGGUUUUGAUUGACGGCUCUAUUAUGAAUUAAACGUUCAAUUCUCACAAUCAACCUAAUCCCCUUGUCAUUGGACCACUCGCAAAAGCUCGAGUGAGGUAUCCAAACAGGACAGCUGUCCCCAUAGGGUUAAAGCAACAAGCAUGCAGAUUACCAUUUCAGUACGAUUCCUCUAGCAAGCCCCAUGGCAUGGACACACAAAUGGUGGAAGGCAAAUGCUUUCCUGGUGGCAUCAACACUGCGAGUUCUAGUCGGUGUACAGCCAGUUAUUUUUGCCGAGCCAGCUUCAUCAUCGAACCGUGGCUGCAACAAGGAGGGAAGGUCUCUUCGCAUCGGGGAACGAUGGAGAAGAAUUUCCAAUUUCGCAACUGCAACCGAAGGUACUGCCCGUGGGCUUUUUACGAUGAUGGUCGUGCUACUAUCGUCAUGCGUCGGUUUCGGCACUUAUUGGCAUUGGUCUGAUGAAAUGGCUUUGACAAAUGACAUAAUUGCAUCGUCCAAUUGCCACAACCAGAACUGUGCUAAAUCAAAGCGGGCGCUCCGCAUGGAAGUGAUCGGUGGAUUCGCAUUGCCGCUGCUAGUGACCGUUUGCAUUUAUCUUUACCGCUGGAAUAAUCGAGCGAUGAUUCGGAGCCUGAAUCGCAAUUUCAAAACUAUCUACCACAGUCAGCAAAACAGUCGGGAUGACCAAUGGGAAGGAGGUAGUGGCUGGGAGCAAUACGGGCGGCUAGCCACCAAGCAGGUGUUUGAAGUGAUGGCCUUGGGGGUUCUGUGGGUAAAUCUCAAGCCCUUCAGUCACAUAAAACACGACGGUGAUACCAGGGAUUAUCAUGUUGGCAAAUUAAUUUCAUCGAUGGUAUCCAUGCUUCCGGCCAUCGUCUGCCUGCUGGUGUCAAUCGAAAUGGGCAUUAAUUUUUCAUUAUUGGCCCGCAGAUUAAGCGCCUUAAAUUUGUCCCUUGAUUGUUUGGUCCAUUGCAUUUCAGUCAACGAUUAUAUGAAGAGAGUUAAUCAUGAAGCUAAUGCGGUGCAAGCACAGUACAUGCAAGGAAUCAAUAACAGUUUAUCGUGUAAUACAAAUAAUAAGCGUAGUUAUUUACGCAAUCUAAUUAUACAGUUCGAUGAAAUCGGUCAAUUUACGGUAGAUAUGAUACAGUUUUAUGCUCCAAUGUUGUUACAUAUUAUUGGAAUGCAUUUCGUACUCUUCACAAUGCAGCUGUUUUUGUGCUAUCGGCAAAUGUCGCGUACAACGAGCGAUUCGGUGAACAUUAAUCAAAUCGGUCAAACGCUAUUACCCAUGCUAUCAGCCAUUGCCAGUGCAGGACAGAUUAUGUUUCUCGUUGAUAUAGCGGCAGAUUUCAAUCGAAAAGUAAGUUAAAUAAAUUAUCCAGAGCAUUUUGUAACGAUACAGUGACGUCUGGUAUAAACUCUUAGCUCGACGAUCAUACAGUAACCGUUUUGGGACGUUUAUCUGCAGCCGCCCAUCGUAAGGAUAGAAACAUAAUACAUAAAACAUAUGACUCCAAGGAAUUGGAUAAAUGUGUAAGCAUUUGCCGCAGAUAGAACAGAGAUAAACCGUGAUUUAAUUUUCUUUUCCAAUUUGUAUAGAUUACAACAUUGUCUUUGAUUGUGAACAGAAUCCGUGAUGAAACAAAUUUGUACGGAUACUUCGAUUUAGACCGUAGUCUCGUUAUGACGGUAAGCAUUUGACACCAGUUUACGUUGACUUCAGGUAUUGUACAUCUCCCGCAUUGUAUUUGCCGUUCCAGAUUAUUGCUUCGACAUGCUCAUAUUUAAUCGUUUUAAUUCAAGUGCUGUAAAUUAAAUACAAUAUCUCCAAACAACACAUUGAGGAUAAACAUACAGUCGGUAUGUUCGAAAAACAUCCGAAGCAUUCUGAUUAUGCUGCAGGAAUAUAUGAUUGAAAAUUUAAAGUGAAGGCACAUCGUAAACAUUAUUAUUUACGGCAUUGUCAAUCAUAAAAAUAAAGCUAAAAUUCUUGCAGGAUUUUCUAGUUCCUACAAAAGCAGGAAUUGUGAUCUUGCCUAGGGUUGGGAGAUUCUCGAUAUUUAUCAUACGAAAAAAAAAUCCACAUUGUUUAUUAGCUAUUAUUGAAGGAAUCGUGCUUAUAACAAUCAUUUCUUGCAUAUUUAAAUUAAACUUCAGUCAAUACCUUUACAGCGAGAACGAUCGAGGUUAAAUGAAGUGAGUAUGCUUUCCGAUAUUAAUAGUAUAUUGAAUAUCCGAUCAGUUUAUUAGUAUACUUUUUUUGAAUUUCAUUAAGCUAUUUAACAAGUUAAUGCACUUUGACUCGUCAAAAGAGAGAUGACCUUAUUAACAUAUACUAUUGUAGAUAUCCAAAAAUUGGUAACUAUACUCAAAGCAACAGCAAACUAUUUUACAGCUACUCCGAUAAUUUUAUUUGCAUUAGUAGUACGAUAAAGCCUAGCGUCGAUCCCACUAUCUGUAACAGUUUAAAAAUAAGCAUUAGCAUUUAUUGACCGUUAUACAUCAAGUUAGUUAUCCAUCAAGUUCGUUACGUGCCACUUCUACUAACCUUAAAUAAAAGAGAAUUAUUCAACGAUAUCACAUGCGAAAUAUCAAUCGAUGAGAUUUUGGGCAUCAUAUGCAUUGUCACUAUUUCGUGCUAUCAUUGCGUGUAAAUAUAAAAUU